UAAAGACAUAAUUGCAAUAACUGAACUGAAGCAGAAAACCGUUUUAGCCACUGACAAAGAAGAUGACGAUGAGGGGCUUAGUGGUCACCGUUGGCUCCUCCUCCAUUGUUCUUCUCCCUCUCCAUCAUCAUCAUCACCACCGUCAUCACUAUCACAGUCAGAUCGUUUCAUCCGCCGGCACCAAUCCUCUCAUCUCUUCUUCAUCUUCCAGUAAUCUCACUCCUUCCAAGUUGCCGCACCCGCUGCCUCUCCAAUCCACCUCCCCUCCCCGUCGGAGAAGCAAGAACCGCAUCAAAUACUUCGCCGAACUAGCUUCCAAGCUUGCGGAAGACGGGAGGUUUGAAGAUUUCUUGUUACUAGCCGAGAACGUUACGGCUUCCGGCGAGAUUAAACCCUCCGAUUUCAUCGCUCUGGUAAAUGUCGAUUUCGUUUCAGCUGGAGUUCGACGGGUUAUUAGAGAGAAGAAGGCUUCGGAAGUUGUUUUGUUGUUGAGGAGUCUUGAGAAAUUAGGUAUUAGUCCCCUGGAUUUGCUUGGCGGGGUUGGUUCGGUGGUCAUUUCGGAGGUUGUUCGCCGGAAUGUAAUGAGCGGUGAGCUGGAAGAGGUUGUUCAGUUUUUGGAAGCACUUUCAGGUUUUCGUUUUGCAAUCAGAGAAAUCACGGACUCAACUGAGAUUGUAAGGCUUUGUAUCCAAAAUCGGAAUCCUGAUGCAGCUAUAAGGUAUGCAUGCAUUCUUCCUCAAUCACAUAUCUUAUUCUGCACAAUGAUUCAUGGGUUUGGGAAAGACGGAGAUUUGGCAUCUGCUUUGACAGUAUUUGAAGCGUCCAAGAAGUACUCCAAUUGUCCUAAUAUGUAUGCCUACCGCACAAUGAUUGAUGUUUGUGGUUUUUGUGGCAACUACAUAAAAUCUAGGUGUAUAUAUGAGGAGUUGCUUGCUAAAAAGGUUACACCCAAUAUAUAUGUUUUCAACAGUCUGAUGAAUGUUAAUGCAUCUGAUUUGGGCUAUACUAUGGAAGUUUACAAGCAUAUGCAAGAUCUUGGGGUUGCAGCAGAUAUGACCACUUAUAAUAUCCUUCUGAAGUCAUGCUGUCUUGCUGCAAGAACUGAUCUGGCGCAGGACAUUUAUAAGGAGGUGCAACGGUUGGAAUCAACAGGAGUUUUGAAAUUGGAUGUAUUUACUUACAGCACCAUUGUAAAGGUUUUUGCUGAUGCAAAACUAUGGCAAAUGGCUCUGAAGAUCAAAGAAGAUAUGCAAACAUCUGGGGUCACUCCAAAUAUAGUCACUUGGUCUUCACUGAUUAGUGCAUGUGCUAAUACAGGACAUGUAGAACAUGCAAUUCAGUUAUUUUCUGAUAUGCUUAGAGCAGGAUGUGAACCGAACUCCCUUUGUUGCAAUGCCCUCCUCCAUGCUUGCGUGGAUGCUCGUCAGUACGAUAGGGCUUUCCGUUUUUUCACAUCAUGGAAGGAAAAUGGAUUUCAAAAUGCUUUUGCUAGUGAUUUGAUUUCGAAAGCCUCUGGUUUGAAUCAUAUUAACUCUCCCAAGAAAGUUCCCUUUAAACCUACAAUUGCAACUUAUAAUAUCUUGAUGAAGGCUUGUGGGACUGAUUACAACCGUGCGAAAGAUUUGAUGGAUGAGAUGCAGACGAUAGGACUUACUCCCAAUCAUAUUAGCUGGUCAACUCUAAUCAGCAUAUGUGGAGAAAGCUCAAGAAAUGUUGAAAGUGCCAUUCAGAUAUUCAGUUCUAUGCGAGAAGCUGGUAUUCAAACUGAUGUUAUUGCAUAUACUACCGUCAUCAAGAUUUGUGUAGAGAAGAAAAAUCUGAAGAUGGCUUUUUCAUUAUUCGGAGAAAUGAAGAAGUAUCAAGUAAAACCAAAUUUUGUUACUUACAACACACUCCUAAGAGCUCGGAGCAGAUAUGGUUCCUGGUUUGAAGUUCAACAAUGCUUGGGGAUAUACCAGGAUAUGCGAAAAGCCGGGUAUAAACCAAAUGACUAUUAUCUCAAGCACCUUAUAGAAGAAUGGUGUGAAGGUGUAAUACAGAAUACCAAUAAAAAUCAAGCCCGGUUCAAUUCCAACAAAAAUAUUGACUCAGAUGGACCUCAUAAUUUCCUUCUUGAGAAAGUUGCAGCACACUUACAAAAGAGAGGUGGUGAGAGCUUGACAGUUGAUUUACAGGGACUCACUAAGGUUGAAGCUCGAAUUGUGGUUCUUGCUGUUUUGCGAAUGAUCAAGGAGAACAGUGACAAAGGGGAUACAGUCAAGGAUGAUAUGUUGAUCAUCUUAGGAACAAAUGAAGGAGGUGCAAGAUUUGCCAAAGAUGUAUUAGAAGUAAAAGAACCAAUAAUCAAACUUCUCCAAGAUGAAUUAGGGCUUGAAGUCACUUCUCAAGGUUCUACAAUUGUUGUUGACAACAGAAUUGAUUUUCCAAACCCACAUCGAUCAUAUAAUAAGAUCCCUACAACAGCAGCAGCAGUAAAUAAGUCAACAGUAGACUUGCAAUCUUCCAGCCGAAGACCUGCAGUUUUACAGAGGUUAAAGGUCACUAGAAAAUCGCUCAAUCAUUGGUUGCAAAAGCGGUUAGACAACAACAGCAACAACAUAAGAUUUUGAUCUUAUUUAAGGUCAGCCAUCCAUUUUUUUGUAUAUCAUCAUUUAUGUUGUUAUUAAACAUUAAGGUCUUCAUCAACUUCAUUUAACCUAAAUAAAGCAAUUUCUUCCCCCAAAAUCUUAGUGAAUAUUAUAGAAAGCAAAAAACUUACA